AUGGUGACAACUCCUGCCCGUGCUUUCGAGGCCCUCAUGCAUGGAGUGACCAGCUGGAAUGUCCCCAAAGACCCCAUCCCAUGUGAACUGCUUCUUACUGGAGAGGCCUCCUUCCCAGUGAUGGUGAAUGACAAGGGCCAGGUCCUCAUUGCUGCCUCCUCCUAUGGUCAAGGCCGCCUGGUGGUGGUGUCCCAUGAGGGCUACCUGCUGGAUGCUGGCUUGGCUCCAUUUCUUCGUAAUGCAGUGGAUUGGCUCUGUCCCUCACCUGGGGCUCCCACUGGAGUGCACCCAUCCCUGACAUCACUAGUAAGUAUCCUGCAGGGCUGUGGGGUUCAGGCACAAGUUCAGCCAGAAGUGGGGGCCCCUGUGGGGGUUUACUGCAUCGAUGCCUACAAUGAUAUGAUGACUGCAGAGCUGAUCCAGUUUGUGAAAUGUGGAGGCGGCUUGCUCAUCGGGGGCCAAGCCUGGCAUUGGGUCAGUCAGCAUGGUCCUGACAACGUGCUGUCCAGGUUCCCUGGGAACCAGGUGACAAGUGUGGCCGGAGUGUACUUCACUGACAUCUAUGGGGACACAGGCCGGUUCAAGGUCUCUAAGAAGAUACCCAAGAUCCCACUCCACGUCAGGUGUGGGGCGGAUCUGAGGCAGGAUCAGCAGCAGCUCCUGGAAGGGAUCUCAGAGCUGGACAUCAAGACGGGAGGAGUCCCCUCGCAGCUGCUGGUGCACGGGGCCCUCGCCUUCCCUCUGGGGUUGGAUGCCUCGCUCGGCUGCUUCCUGGCAGCUGCCCGCUAUGGCCGGGGCCGGGUGGUCCUGGCUGCCCAUGAGGCCAUCCUCUGUGCUCCCAAGCUGGGGCCCUUUUUGCUCAAUGCUGUGCGCUGGCUGGCCAGAGGCCAGACGGGCAAAUUGGGGGUGAACACACAUCUAAAAAACCUGUGUGCCCUCCUGUCAGAGCAUGGCCUGGAGUGCAGUCUGCAGCCCCAUCUGACGCAUGACUUGCGUGUCUACUGCUGUGUGGCUUACAGUGACCAGGAGGCUAAGCAGCUGCAGGAGUUUGUGGCUGAGGGUGGGGGCUUGCUGAUCGGGGGCCAGGCCUGGUGGUGGGCCUCCCAGAACCCAGGCCGCUCUGCUUUGGCUGGUUUCCCCGGUAACGUUAUCCUCAACUGCUUAGGCCUCAGCAUCCUAGCUCAGACCCUUGAUGCAGGCUGUUUCCCUGUCCCUACCCCCGAGAUGCGGAGCUACCACUUCCGCAAGGCGCUGUCCGAUUUCCAGGCUGCAUUGAGCCAUGGGGCUGGGAACUUGGAAAAGCGCUGGCUGGCAAAGCUGGGAGCAGAUGGCGCAGCCUUCCUACAGAUCCCUGCAGAGGGGGUCCCUGCUUACAUAUCCUUGCACCGACUCCUGAGGAAGACGCUGCGUCUGUCAGGCCUCCCAGCUGUGAGCCGGGAGCACCCUGUGGCUGGUGACUCCUUUGAGGCUGCAGUGCUCUGCCUGGCCACGGAGCUGGCACACUCUGGGACCGACUGCUCCCAGCUGGUACAGGAGCUUGGAACCUGGACCUGCAGCUCAGGACACCCCAUCACUGUGGAGAUCGAUGGGAGCAACCCAGGCCACUGUGAUGCCUGGGUGAGCACCGGGCUCUACCUCCCAGGUGAACAGAGUGCAGAAGUCUCACUGUCUGAAGCCGCAGCCUCUGCCGGCCUGAAGGUACAGAUUGGCUGCCACACUGAUAACUUGUCCAAGGCCAGCAAGCUGUCUCGAGCCCCUGUGGUGACUCAUCAGUGCUGUAUGGACAGGACCAUACGAUCCAUCUCCUGCCUCUGGGGUGGCCUUCUCUAUGUCAUCGUGCCAAAGGGCAGCAAACUGGGCCCCAUAUCUGUCACCAUCAAGAGGGCUGUGCCUGCCCCAUACUACAAGCUGGGUAAGACAUCUCUGGAGGACUGGAAGAACUGUAUCCAGGAGAGCACAGCUCCCUGGGGAGAGCUGGCAACAGACAAUAUCAUCUUGACGGUGCCGACUGCAAACCUGCAAGCCCUGGAGGACCCCGAGCCGGCGCUCCGCCUCUGGGAUGAGAUGAUGCACGCGAUAGCCCGGCUAGCAGCCCGGCCUUUCCCUUUCUGCUGUCCCGAGAGGAUUGUUGCUGAUGUGCAGAUCUCAGCUGGCUGGAUGCACUCAGGAUACCCCAUCAUGUGCCACCUGGAGUCGGUGCAAGAGCUCAUCAAUGAGGCAGGCAUGAGGAGCACGGGUCUGUGGGGACCCAUCCAUGAGCUGGGUCACAACCAGCAGCGACAAGAGUGGGAGUUCCCACCACACACCACUGAGGCUACCUGCAACCUCUGGUCUGUCUAUGUGCAUGAAACGGUCCUGGGCAUCCCCAGGGCUAGGGCCCACCCUGCUCUGAGCCCUCCAGAACGAAAGAAGAGAAUCAAAACGCACCUGGAAAAAGGAGCCCCCCUGCAUGACUGGAAUGUGUGGACAGCUCUAGAAACAUAUCUACAGGUACGGAGCAGAAAGGCAGGGAGGUGA